UUUAAAUGUAAUAACCUUUUUUGGACACCUCGUACACAAAACCACAAGACAACCAUAUGCUACGAGUCCAACGGCGUAUAAGUAUUCUCCUUUGCUUCUAUAGUUCCUGAUGUAGCUAUUGUCCGUCAGAGACGGGUUCUGCAUUCGUAUAAAAAACAUCAGGUCAGCUUGUCUGCUAACUUUUCAAGAAUUUUAUCAAAUGUUUGGCGGCAAACAUAACUCUACUUCUACUUGACCAAUUUUAUCUGACAUCUUCCAUCUCCGAUCGCGCCUAUCGCGUGUUCAUGUUUUGGUGAGAAAUGAGCAAAGGAAGAUAAAUUUCUUCGUUUGCGGAUCUCCGCAGUCCGACAGCUAUUCAGUACAGGUGCGUACAUUGGAAACGAUUCAACGUGAAACGAUACGUACAUUGCGCAAACGCUUUCCGGUUAACAUGGGGGCAUAUCCAACACAAACUCGGUGGGGUGGAACCAUUCUGAUUGCGAUAGUGCUUGUGUUAAUUAUCUCAGUGCGAAUAUCCAGUGCAGCGGAUUCAAUUUGUGAGCGUAUCGACUUCAACGACAUAAAUACAUGGAAGGUGCAACAGUGUUCUGGGUCGCCUCGCGAGAUAUUUCGCCUAAGAACAUACGCUUCGUCACCCUUGUUUCGCCCGUUUCGUGAACGCAUUACCUAUUUCCUCUCAAACGAUGUGCGCGGUAUUAGCUGUACGGAAUCGAUUAACAGUUUCUAUAUGAACGCUUUCACGGAGAUACGCAUGAUCUAUCAGCUAAUGUUUAGAAAUCCUUGCCUGCUGACCCUGAUGGUAUACGAUUUAGAUGUAAUGGAUCAGUUUGGGGAGCCACUUCUGGCACAAAAUUGGACAACCCGUGCGCAAACAUCAACGUGGAGUUUGUUUGUAGGAAAGGUGGAACGUGAAAUACGGCGUGCGAGAAUACAGCUUCAAGCUGAUAUGAGCGCAGAUGGAGAGUUGGCAAUUGAGUACAUAACAGUGUUCAAUCCUCUUGUGCUGGAAGAAUUUUGUAUGGUAUUGGAUGAAUUUUACACAACGACAGAGACAACAAGCAGGCCUACCACAAGGACUACAUCGAUUCCGUACACGACUACUAGGCGAACUAGAAGUACCACAACAUCCACAACAACCACUACUCUUCCGUUCACUACUACCACAACUCAAACAACUACUACUUCUCCUGCGACUACUACUACUAGUACUACUACAACUACGACCACUUCUACAGCAACUGCUACUACCACACCUACUACUACCACACCUACCACUACCACACCUACCACUGCCACACCUACUACUACUAUCACACCUACCACUACUACACCUACUACUACUACUACUACCACAACAGCUACUACCACACCAACUACUACUACCACAACAACUACUACCACACCUGCUACUACUACCUCAUUCACUGCUACUACUACCCCGUCCACUACUACUACCACACCUUCUACUACUACUAUCACAUCUACAACUACCAGUACAUUACCUUCAACCACUUCAACAAGUCCUAUUACCACUACCACGACGUCUACUACAAUGAUGCCUACUACAACUACAACGAUCACAAUCGCUUCUACAACUACUACCUUUCGAUCUUCUUUACCUACUACCACUUAUACAAUUACUUCUUCUACUAGUAAUACAUCGCCUACCACAACUACAACUUCUAGUGCUACUGUUUCUAAAACAACAAACACAACUUCAUACACUUCUAUGAGUUCAUCAACUGCAAUGCCAACGACAUCUUCCACCACUACUGUUCCUACAACAUUUUCGAUAAAAACAUCUGCUAUCUCAUCAACACCAAUUACAUUUUUCACAACAACAACCGAUAUGACAGAUUCACCAUAUACCACACAAUCUACUAUACACACAACGGAAUCUGUCAGUACUGCUAAGUCGGAGUCACCUGAUGGUACAACCACUUCUGUGAUGAAUACAACAACAAGAAGACGUCGUACUACUACUACCACCACGUUCAAAACACCAACCAUAUCUAGCACCUAUACAAGCUUUCCUGAUUUUAAUGGAACGACUGCUGAAAAUAGUGUCCCUUCACAUAGUACAAUAAUAAGCAACCCCAGCAGUAGUUCGUCCACUGUACACUCACCCAGUACAACCGUAGCAUCUAGCAGCUCAAAUCUUCCAUCUAUACCACCGACACAAACUACCUCAGUGCUGUUCACGACCGACCUAUCUACGCAAGCUACACCAUGGGAUCGUUCUACCACUACAGAAAUGCACUCCUCCAGCACUACUGAUAUUUCUGGAACAGAGCCUAUGGUGAAGGUACCAAAUGCAUCCUAUGCGCUAUGGAUAGCAUUAAGUGGUGUGUUUAUCGUUCUAUUUAUCAUUGCAUCGGCCAUCGCUUUAUAUAUCUACGUGUCGGGGGUAGAAAUUCACAAUGCACUUGGUAGUAUUGGCCACUUUUUCACCUGUAGCAACAAACUCAGCCGCUCGGCGAACGAUGAAGACCCUUACGGCACGAUGCAGCCAAAUAAUUUUGACCCAUUCGAUGCCUAUUACAACCAACAGCUACAACAGCAACUGAAGAAUAGACUACGUCCCAAACACAACAGUGUAAGCAGUAUCAGUAACAACAGCAGCAAAGCAAUCCGCCAAAAGUAUCCCAAAUUUAACGUAGAUCCCUAUCGGCAUGCGACAAUGGAGGAAACAGCUAAUGAAUCAUCUUUUGAUGCGCCCCGCUUCGAGCUGAUGGACGAUAUCGACGUUAUCAAAUACAAAAACAGGCUAAAUAAACUUUAGACAUAGUCAAAACUAUAUUUUUCAGUUUAUCACAAUGAUGGGAACAAAAGGCAAUACAUCAGUAUCUUAUCGACGUAAAAUGAUGGCAGCAUUCUUUGAGCACUUAAGAGCAGAAUGUUUGACCAACACAUCAAGAUGCAUUCACUUUCAAUGGCUCCUUUGAACUGUCGGGCUUGAAACCAACAACACAUUACAAGCAACGAAACAGCUUCCUAACGAAGAGCUUCACUCGUUCUGCGCCUGUCCGUCCGAACCAUGCUUACUAAUGGGGAAUGGUGUUCAUUUCUACCUCAUGUGAGAAUUCAUGCGAAACACAUACUUUGCGCAAUAGUUACUUCGUUGGAGCGAGCAUUGCACGAAUCCACUGAUGUGUACUAAAAGCCACCUACGUCGAAAAUUAGCGUCAGUAAACAGACUUUGAUUGUUUCUGUUCCUAGAUGUCACCACAUGAAAAUGCAAAUAUACUGACACUGAAUUAAUCUCCUGUGAACAUUGAUUAUUGUCACGCAUGGUUUGAAGAAGAGUGUCAUAACAAUAAAGUAAAUCUUUUACAUUCACCAAGAAACGCACGAUUAAUGAGAGUGUAUUCUGUAUUCCCAAGAAAUUCGCGAUUGCAAUCUAAUUAUUUUCUCUCAUGACAUACAUACUGCGAGUUGCUCUAAAAUUAUCUUCAUCGUAAGUGUUGUUAUGUCAUCAAUUUCUACGCCGACCCGGUAAAAGCUACGAUACCACACUACCCAUCAAUCGCUCCUUAACAUUGGUUCAUUAAUUAGUGGUCACUGUGACGAUGGUGAAAUGAAGUAGCAUACGCCAAACUGUUAAACGCAUAAAGUCAUUUAGCAGAUAGCACUAAUGAUGCUAUUAUGUGAGGUUCGGUUCGGUACCGGUUAGAAGCCAGAAUGAUGAGUUUUCCUCAAGAGCACUAAACUCGACUAUUCAUACCAAAACAUUAAUUCCUCUUUCUUAGUGUGGUUUACUGCAGCAGUAGCAUCCUUCCAAUUGACAUAGAACAGCGUUUCGGCAUGAACAUAUCGGCCAAUAAAUGAUCAACAAAUUAAAGUACAAGAACUUUUAAACUCAUUACCGAAAAAAAUGCAUGAAAAUCGCUGAAUUUAAGAGAUAUAAUCAAAGCGAAUUCAAAAAAGGAAACAUUUAUUGUAAUAAUUUCAAUUACUACCUCAUUGUUGAUGUAUCGUAAAGGGAUAUAUUAUUUUAGCCGAAAGUAUAUCAAGCCACCACAAUAAAUAAAUGUAUGCGUAGGGCAAUCAAUCUCCUUGGAUUCAGCUUAAUUAAAAGGACUGGUAGUGAAAGUUACAACCAACGUAAUGGUGGUAAAAAAAAGAUUGCCAUACUUCAAACUCGUAAAAUAUUCCGGCACAGAAGAUUCUCAAACUACCUACCGUAGGCGAAAAGGAUAAACUUUGCCAAGUAUUAUAGAAACUUUUACCGGCACAACGACACGGAAGGUAGACGCGUUGAAACAUCUUAAAUUAUGAACGAUGCACAUUUUUACCCGGGAGAUACUCUAAUUACGGUCGGUUAUAGUUUGAAUGACAUUACGAAUAGGCGAUCUUCAUUUUCUUCCUCCUGGAACAGACCGGUGUACAUACUUUCCUUAACUUUUGCCAAGAUUUUCGUUGGCUAUCAUUCGUAUCAUGCUAAAUGAUAUCUGUAUAGAUUUAAUAAAGAACUGCCCACUACUACAUAUUCCAUCAGGCUCUUUGAGUGCUGGAAAAGAAAAAAAAAAUAAGAUGAAUUGUAUUUCACUUCAGCCAA